UGACAGCGUUAAAAAUUAACUCAUUUGCAAACGUACGGUAGCGUGUCUAACUGGAUUUGCGAGCAAAAUUUAAACUUUUCCUUUAUUUCCUCACCGGACUGAGAAUGGGAAACAACGCGUCCGACACGGUGAGAUCCGUCCAAAAUUUUGGCCGUACUGUGCAAUAUCACUAUUCUCACGCGGAUUUAAUUGGAAGAGGAUCGUUUGGCGCUGUUUACAAAGCCAGGGUCACGAAGCGUGGCGAUUAUACAGGAGACACUGUUUUAGCUGUUAAAGUGAUCCAAACCUGCGCUCCGUCCCAAAAAGCCGCUGAUUCCGAAGGCAUGGUGCGAACCGUGGAGAGGUUAAGUAAACUUACUAAAAUUACACAUGCAAAUCUCGUAGUCUAUCACAAAGUGUCCAUCAUUGAAACUUCUGGCGGAGCCACAAUCGAGCUAGCGAUGGACUAUCAUGCAGGCAUGUCGCGCGAGACAUUUUGACGCCAAUGAAAGUUGUGACCGUCCAAAACGUGCAGAAGUGUGAUAUGGCUGCUUUUCUGCGGGAAGCCAGGCAAAACCAAAAUCUGCUUAACGGUUACAAAAAGAUUGUUAAUUUCGUGGAAUCCAUAGCUGAAGGACUAGACUUCUUGCAUAACAUUGGCAUCAUCCAUGGAGACCUUAAGCCGGAAAACAUUCUUGUAAAAGUCGCAGGAAGUGGUUGCAAAACGUUCGUGAUCAGUGACCUGGAUGAUACAGUUCAACUGGAAGGGAGCGUAACUCGUUCUGCUGACAUAUCGCAACUGCGCGGCACGAUACGCUACAUGUCACCGGAAGUGCUCAAGAAGUUAACCCAAUUAGAAGCAGAGGCACCCGGGCGAAAAACCGAUAUUUGGAGCCUGGGUUGCAUAAUUCUGGAGUUGGCACAAAUAUCAAGUGGUGAGCGUAGGAAACGACUCAUUAAGAGCGGGAACGUCGUAGAUAUUGAGGACAACCUUACCGAAAACCAGUAUGCCGCCAAAAUCAUCGAAGGUUUCGUGCCCUACGUUAGCGAAGACAAUGCACCCCUCUUUGCCGGUCUUAUCCGAAAAUGUUUGAACGACAUUGCUGCGGAAAGGAUAUCAGCAAAAGAAAUACUAUUUAGUAUGUUAAAAGAAAAGGAAGUUAUUGUAUUUUUUGCCUACGGCUGUAAAGUUGAUCGCACUUUCCUCGUUUUAUUACUCGACCCUGCCACUGGAUCUCUAAACGCUCAGAUAGCGGCCACGAAACUAUCGCCAUUCAUUUGGCUUUCGACCGAAUUCCGUCAGUUAUCAGAUACAGAAAUUCUGUUUGCUGAGCGAGUAGAUCUUCCAAACAGUCAAAUUACGAAGUUGCAUUUCUGGAAUGCAGGAGAAGGAACAUGGCGUGAACUGACGCUUUCAUCAGGCAUGCAUCUGGACACACGUUUGGUAAUGGUAAACCGAAAGGGUUACUACUGGGAUCGCAAUGGACACUUCACAGAACUGGAUACUUACACGGGCAGGACUGUUACUCUGAACAGUCCUCUUGCAAAGACUGGCGUGGAUUUCUCUGUAUCAGCAGCGGCAAGAUGUGGCAAGCGGAUAUAUUAUGGUACACCGUUCAGCUUGCAUCAAUACGAUACGGUAGCCGACGAAUGGGAAGCGUUACAAAAAUUGCCAAUUUGGCUGACGGAAUUUGCAAUGGCUGUAGUAAACAGCUACGUAUACAUUAUAGGCGGACGUGUGUCGGGCGAUGCACGUGCCUCAGCAGGCUGCAUUCGUCAGAACAUGAAUAAUCGGUUGUGGGAAGAGAUGAAACCACUUAGACAGCCGAGGUAUCGCCAUGCUGCUUGCGUUAUCAAGGAGAAGAUAUACGUCUGCGGUGGUAUAGGUGCUAAAGGUGAGCACGCGCUUACAGUAGAGUUUUACGAUACCAAAUGCGACGAAGGAUGGUCGACUGUCGGUCUGCGGAAAAAGGGCAUUCAGCUGUUGUCGGACUUGGUGUCCAAAUGUACUGAACAUUUCGAGUUUAUGAGCGCCAUGUCGGUUCAUCUGGAUGGCGACAUUGCUGCAGUUAUUACUCAAUGAAAUACGUGCAUUAUUAUUCAAAAAGCUUUUCAAUGUGGAUAAUGGAUAUAUUCCAAACUGUACUUACAGUCAAGUGGACGGAUUAAAUA